AUGGAUCUACACGUGAGCGUGUUGGUCUUUCUUCUCGUCGGGCCUAGCAUCGCAAACUCCGGCCGGAUUAAACACCACGUUCCUCGCAGUAAUGUUACCUUGGUCUUUGAGUGGGAAGAUCCUCAACGAAAUUCAACAGAAGCAGAUUAUUAUCAUGCAAGAGAUGGCUCUGCUUUUCGUCAUAGGAGGGCCACUGGAGAGCGACCAGGCCAUUCCACCUCCACCAACACGUGCAGCAACAUCCGGGGAGUUCCUACGCGGUUAAGGCGCGCAAAAAAGAUCGGACCAAGUGGAUUGUCGAAUUUCUACCAGAAAUAUACAGAGGCGUAUGGGAUACCCGUAUUAGGUUCCGUUAACGUCCCCGACGACGCUCUUCGCCGCGCCUGUUACGUCCUUCGCUUCCUCCUCGCCGACCACAGCGGUGUGCGGCAGUCCUACUACCGACUGUCGGGGAGGGUGGCAGUGAUCGGAGCUCGGGAAGGGACAGUUUCUAUUCCGGAGCACGCUUGGCUUGGCCCCUCCUGGAACGACCGAGCACGUGGACUUGGGGCGACGGAACACGCCCCAGUAUCAACGGGAGGCGAAGAAAACAUCCUGUGUUACACUAAUGACAGGUAUGGGGACGAGGACAUCUUCCUGCACGAGUUCUCCCAUGGCAUCCAUCUACUGGGCGCCAAGUAUGCCAUCCCAGGCUGGCAGGGUCGCCUACAGUCGCUAUACGACCAGGCCAAGUCUGCCGGUAGGUGGCGAAAUACAUACGCCAUGACUACAGUGGAGGAAUAUUUCGCGGAAGGUACACAAAGCUACUUCAGUGUCAACGCUUACUCCGCAGUCCCCAACGGCAUCCACAACCACGUCAACACCCCCGAGACACUACGACAAUACGAUCCCCAGCUGUUCUCUCUGAUAAAGGAGGUAUUUCCUUGCGGGAACACGUACCUAAAGAGAUGCAACACAUCCAGAAAUGCUGAGAGAAGCCAGCAACUGAGGAUGAACUGUAACCUCGAGGGAGGAGGCAAUGAGACCGGAAGCGGAAGUGGAACCGGAUCCGGAACUGGAAGUUCAGGUGCGUCUUGUGAGGAUACGGACCCCGACUGCAGCAGCUGGUCACAGACAGGGGAGUGUGCACGGAAUCCCGGCUACAUGUUGUCCUCGUGUAGACGCAGCUGCGGUCAGUGCUAACCAUGUCCAUGCAAUAAACCAGACUCAUACCAAUA